GCACCGCUGUUGUCUUGAACCUUUGCCUCGUGUAAUCAAAAAGCUUGAUAAAAAUUCAGCCUCAGGCUUUUCGUUGUUCUGUUACGAGUUUCUUCAUCAUGGCGUCCACAACGGUUCGAAGAUCGAUCACUGCAUCGGAUCCACGCAGCCCCCUCCAGCUAUCCACUCUGAAAACCUCCUUUCCCCAAAACCAAAUCAUCACUUCAUUCCAGAACCUCCAAGCCUCACCAUUCCAAUUCUCACCCACAACACAAUUCCCAAGACCCGCCGCGCAAUCGCCCAUCCUUGCAAGAGCCACACAGUCACCCAUCGUCCCAAGAGCCACACAACCUUUCCCCGAGACCCCAUAUAAAGCAAGCGAAACACCGAUAAUGCCAGCUCGGCGAAGGAGAAGUUCCAGUCUCGCAAAGUUCCUAGGGCCUCGCAACGUGCCCGGUCUUUGCGCCUGCGGCCAAGGACCCAAAUCGGCCAAACAUCAGAUCCACGACUGUCCGCGCUUCGAAUCCGAGCGCGAACGACUAGUCUCCAAAAGCCCCAUCGGAUGCAGCCCCGUCUCCCCCAGUCCCCGACCGCGGCAUUCCGCACCACCACAGAGCCCCACGGAACUGGCGGCUUCGCGGCGGAAGCUGGUUCAUGUAGCGAGGAAAUGGCGUAUGCGAACACUGCUGAGCAAAUAUCAACUCGCGGUCCAGACGCAGCAGCAGAGCCUGGAGGAGAAGAAAGCGAAGAAGUCUUGCGAACAGAUGGUGGAGGGAAAGUAGGAGAUGGAUGGGUUGGGGUUGUGAAGGUCCAUCUUGCGCGUCCUUUUUUUCGGGGAGGCCAUUUUGAAUACAGAUACAGAUACCAUGUUCCGGGUCAGGUGUUGGGCGCUAUGCAUUGGGUUUAAAAAGUUAGAUGAGAUUUCGCCAUUGAGAAUGAAAUGAAACAAUUGGUUCAUUGCAUCCCA